UAUAACCGGAUGAGCUCUGGUUCCGUGGCAAGGGGAGACAUCAUGGCGAACGGCGGCGGAGUGACCGUGGAUGGAGGAGACAUUAUGCGGUACGCUGAAUACACUUCAAAAACAAAGGCUAGGAGCGACGCAGAGAUAGACAGACGACUGGGAGGGACUCUGAUUGCAGUCGGCCUCGGUGUGGCUGCUGCGGGUUUUGCAGGCCGCUAUGCAUUCCACCUUAGGAAGCCUCUUGGACAAGUCUUCUCUGAAACUGUCAAGAAGAUGCCCACAUCAGCUUUCUCAGCAUAUUACAAAGGAGGUUUUGAGCAGAAGAUGUCAAAACGUGAGGCCAGCCUCAUUCUUGGCAUCAGCCCAGCCAGCACUAAGGCCAAGGUACGUGAGGCCCAUCGGAGUAUCAUGGUCCUGAACCAUCCAGAUAAAGGUGGGUCACCGUAUCUCGCUGCUAAGAUCAACGAGGCCAAAGACCUUUUGGACAAGGAGACCCGGCGAUGACCUGCACUGUUAACAAACACUGUAAAGACUUCCAUCACUCAGCUCUGUAGUACUGCUCCAUCAACACCAACACCACACCUGGACUUCCACUCAGGCUCCUGGAAGAAGUCACAAGAAAUAUUAUCAUGACAGUGUCCUUCUUAAGCUGGUUACGUAACUUAUCUUUAACUGUAUUUGUCAACCUUGUGAAUGUAUAAUAAUGGAUGUCGACCAAGAGUUAAGGAUUUUGCCUUGAGGGCAUGGGUAGGGAGUUUUGUGCGGUUGCCCUCUAGUGGUAACUGUUGUGCAUCUCACACAAAUAUCUUAGAGAAAGAACUGUACUGCUGCUGGGUAUAGCAUUUUGGAAUGAGUGUACAUUUGUCAGCAUGUAAGGUGUUGGAUAAGGAUGUAAUCUAUUUAAUUAGAAUAAUAAAUUCCAAGGUUUCCAUGUUUAACAGUCAGUGAGGACGUGGUGAAAAGUUUUGUUUUUUUUCUAAACAUAAUUGUGUGUGUAUUAAAAUGAGUGACUGUUGCUAAUUGUGUGGACAGGUCCACUGAAUAAAGUAUUUUAGUGCUGGAAAAAAAAAAAAAAAGUGUCUCCCACUA